AAUAUAUUAAUUUAAUUAAUCGGCGUGAUCAUAAUAAUUGAAAAACAUCGCUUCUGUCAAACACUAUCCGCCAAACAAAAAAGACCAUCCAUCCAUCCAUUCUCUAACCGCCGCCAAACAAUGGAGACGACGAAGAACAACGACAGCCGUACGAUUGACCAUCGCUCCGGCUACGAUCAACGGACAGGAAUCUACCACAGCCUUCGCUCCCCUCUCUCCUUACCUCCCAUCGACCAACCUCUCUCAACCUCCGAAUACGUCCUCUCUCUCCUCCGCAACUCCUCGCCGCCGGCCACCGCCGGAAAAGACGUCGAAUCCGCUACUUACCUCGUCGACGCGAGCUCCGGCGAUAGCCUCACUUACGGAGAGCUUCUCCGUGGGGUUCGCUCCCUCGCCGCGUCUUUACAAAAGCGGUUCACCUCCGGAGACGUCGCGUUCGUCCUCUCCCCGGCGUCGUUGCAUGUGCCGGUGCUUUACUUGGCUCUGAUGUCGAUCGGAGUUGUGGUGUCUCCGGCGAAUCCGAUCGGAUCUGAGCUGGAGGUGAGUCACCAAGUCGAAGUCAGCAGACCGGUGAUCGCAUUCGCCACGUCACAGACCGUUAACAAGCUCCGUUCAUCUUCUUUCCCUCUCGGAGUCGUUAUAAUGGACUCUCCCGAGUUUCUCUCUUGGUUAACAAAACCGGAGGAUUCUCUAAUUCCGGUUCGAGUAAACCAAACCGACACUGCAGCGAUUCUCUUCUCGUCCGGGACCACGGGCAGAGUCAAAGGCGUUCUCCUCACACACCGCAACAUAAUCGCGUCAACGGCUGUUUCUCACCAACGAACAAUCAACGAUCCCGUUGACUACGACCGCGUUGGACUCUUCUCUCUGCCGUUAUUCCACGUGUUCGGCUUCGCGAUGAUGAUCAGAGCCAUCUCGCUUGGAGAGAAGCUCGUGCUUCUUGGGAGGUUUGAGCUCGAGGCGAUGAUGAAGGCUGUGGAGAAGUAUAAGGUCACUGGUAUGCCUGUGUCUCCGCCUUUGAUCGUGGCGUUGGUGAAGUCGGAGCUUACGAAGAAGUAUGAUCUCGGUUCGUUGCGGUCAUUAGGUUGCGGCGGUGCUCCGCUUGGGAAAGAUAUUGCUGAGAGGUUUAAGCGGAAGUUCCCGGGCGUUGAUAUUGUUCAGGGCUAUGGCUUGACAGAGAGUACUGGGCCAGCUGCGGCUACGUUUGGACCGGAAGAGACGGUAAGAUACGGGUCAGUUGGUCGUAUCUCUGAGAAUAUAGAGGCGAAAAUCGUUGAUCCAUCCACCGGAGAAGCUUUACCACCGGGGAAGAACGGUGAGCUUUGGCUACGAGGACCAAUCAUCAUGAAAGGUUAUGUGGAGAAUGAGAAAGCAACUGCUGAAACAUUAGAUCAAGAAGGGUGGUUAAAGACUGGUGAUCUUUGUUACAUUGAUUCUGAAGGGUUUUUAUAUAUUGUUGAUAGGCUAAAAGAACUUAUCAAAUACAAAGCUUAUCAGGUCCCACCGGUAGAACUGGAGCAGAUUCUUCAUUCGAAUCCGGACGUGGUUGAUGCUGCAGUUGUUCCGUUUCCGGACGAGGAUGCAGGAGAGAUUCCAAUGGCUUUCAUAGUGAGAAAACCAGGAAGCAAUCUCAACGAAGCACAAGUCAUUGACUUUGUAGCUAAACAAGUUGCUCCGUAUAAGAAAGUAAGAAGAGUUGCUUUCACAAACGCGAUCCCCAAAAACCCUGCUGGCAAGAUUCUGCGUCGGGAGCUAACCAAAAUCGCCGUGAGUGGCAACGCCUCUAAGCUUUGAGAUAACCGGCCGGCUUAAUUAUGAUUCUAUCGGUUCUCAGUGAAUAUGGACUCGGUUUACUUGUUUAAAUUAUCCAUCGUUCUCUUUUACCGCUUCAAUUUCAUUCCGUGCAAAUCUGUAAUUUCUUGCGUUUUAUUGGUCUGGUUGAAUAAGAUGCCGACUGGUUUUCCCGCUA